CCUGUUAAAAAAAAAAAAAAAAGCAGACGCCUCCACUACACCUACCGUCACUCUCUCCUAUUAUUGUCUAGAAUUCUCCAUUCCCCACAUUAGCCCAUUUCAUCUCUCUUCUCUCUCUCUCUCUCUCUGUUUUGUUGCCUGAUUUCAAGUUCUCCACUCUUGUGUACAGUUAAUUGCUCGUCUUUUUUGCCAUAAUCUUUGUAUAAUCAUGGCUGUUUUAGUGUAUUUGGUGCUUUUACUGGCACUUGCUGGCCAUUCAAGUGCUGCUACUUACUGCUUAUGUAAGGAUGGGUUAAGUGAUGCAGCACUGCAAAAAUCCCUGGAUUAUGCUUGUGGAGCUGGAGCUGACUGCACUCCAAUCCUUCAAAAUGGUGCUUGUUACCAACCCAACAGCGUAAAAGAUCACUGCAACUAUGCUGUUAACAGUUAUUUCCAGAAGAAGGGUCAAGCUGUUGGGAGCUGUGAUUUUUCAGGAACUGCUACUACUAGUGCUAAUCCCCCUUCAAGUGUAGCUUCUGGGUGUGUGUAUCCUACAAGCAAUACAGGGACAGGCACCACUGCCCCAACAACUAGCACGGGCACGGGCACUGGCACUGGGACAGGAACUGGAACGAGCACAGGCACGGGAACGAGCACAGGCACAACAGGAAUAACUCCAACUUUUGGUUUGGGCCCAGCAGGAAGUGGUACAAGCAUUGACAGUAAUGGUGGUGUGGCUCCCAUUGAAGGCACUAGCAUGUUCUUGGCUUCACUGAGCCUCUGGUUUUCAGGCCUGUUUUUGUUGUUUUGAGAAUGAAAGCUAAAAAAAUAGCAAGUGGGGCUUGAUGCGUGGAAGAGAUUUUGCCGUGGCAUGGAUGGGGCAUGUAAUUUUACAAUGGGAGGAUCAGCAAGAGGCAAAACCCCCACUUGGGUUUUAGGUUUCUUUCCUCUCUGUUUAAAAAAGCUGGGAAUUUUGAUUUCCUAAUUUUUUUUUUUUUUUUGGUUCUUUUGUAUAUCUAGAGAGAGGCAGUAGUAUAUAUUUUUUUUCUUAAUGAAAAACUGGUACUCAUCUACCUUAUUAUGUUAA